AUUGUACGAAAUGAGCUACGAAUUGUUUACAGGGUCCUUAGCGUCGUGGUUUUCACGGAACAGCUGCGCGCUAAAAUCAUUUACCAAGUGCGUUCAACAGAUCUGUAUACCCGGCGUUUUUAUUCGUAAUCCGUAUAUAUGUGAAAGGAAUAGUAGUAGAAAUCUGCAUUUCUGGUACAGAUUUCAUUGUUCGUAUUGCAGUUAAGAAAUGGUUGAAGAUGAGGUGGAACAACUACCCGAAGAGGAAAAUCAGCUUGAUCAACGAGAAAGAGUGGAACAAAUUGAAUCGGCAGAACGUCAUCUAUUAGAAUCAGCAGAAGGGAUGGCAAAUAAUAACGUGAACAUAGCCCCUCGCCGGCCAAUACGAGCACAGAGGCCUACAGUUAACAACGCAAAUAGACAGUCUUCAACCCGACGUAGAGUACGGAAAACUGCAGAACAACGGGUAACGGCGAUACAAAAUGCAAUCCGUCGUUCUAAUGGACUGGAUCUAGAAUACAAACAAAAGAUCUUACGAGCUCUCACGCAAAUCACACAUUCAUUUGAGAUGGUAGUUGAGCAGCAAGCCGAUACUAACCUUAUGUUUUGGCAGGCAGUCGCUGCAGAAAGUCGCAAUUUUCGACCCGCUUUGUAUACUCAAUUCAAAACGGAGGUUAUCGAAAAGCUAGCUGAAUAUUUACUAUGGAAUCAACGAACUUAUGAACAUGAAACAUAAUACGCUAUUGUUUCUUUAUUAAAUCCAAUAAAAUUCGAAACCUUUUCACGUA